AUGAAUCGCCUCACCGAUAUCAUCCGCGCCGACCAUCGCGAGUUACAGGCCUACUAUGAUCAUCUAGUUAAUAGCGAUGAUCCCGAUGAGCAGACUCGUUUCCAGAAUCAGUUGACCUGGGGUCUCGCCAGGCAUGUCGUGGGUGAGGAGCUCGUCCUGUUCCCCGCGCUCGACAAAUAUUUGGGUCCUGGGGAAGCUACUCAGGAUCGACGCCAGAAUCAAAUUAUCAAAGAAAAGCUCCAAGUCUUCCAAGAUCUCAAAUCUUCCGACCCUCGAUUCAUCCCAACACUAACGAUACUCAUGGAUGAUCUGGCAUCCCACGCCAAAGACGAAGAAGACAAAGACCUUGUCAAGUUGGAAGGCGCCGUCACAGCCGAAGAGAGCAAGCGACUCGCCAAGUCGUUCGGACGGACUAAAUGGUUUGCGCCGACUCGGGCUCAUCCCGAUCUCCCCGACCCUCCUUACCAAACGGUCGUGGGACUGAUGACUGCGCCGGUGGAUUACUUGCAGGAUCUAUUUCGUAAAUGGCCAGAUCCUGAAGAUCUCCCGCAACUGGAUUAG